CUUUUCUAGUUUCUCAUUUUGUGUCAUCCAAAAUCAUUUUUUGUGCACUAGAUAUCACAUUCAUGGUUUUCGUAAUUGUUGUUCAAUCUGUAAAAUGCAUCAUCUUUUAAAAUUACGGUUGUUGAUGGAGUGCAUUAUGAAAUACAGGUAUACAUCCAUCCUCUAGUGCCACCAGACAGUCAAAUAUAUACAAUCAAUCUUCGACUCAGUCAAUAGACAUAACUUCUAUGUAAUAUCAUCUAAUAAAACUGGAUAUAUUAUUUAAAAUGUUUCCUUGCCCAGCAAAGUGCCCAGCAACAAGAGAUUUCAGUCCCAAAAAGUUCCCAAAAAUCUUCCUAUUAUGUAAAAUGCUGAUGUGAAAUGCUGUUCAAGUGAAUUCAACUGUAGCUCCGCCCCCUUCCUUCUUGCAAAAUGAGUUUAUCUCAAAAGCUGAGCUUUCUUUGGAAAGCCCCGUUGCAUCAUCAAGAAGAGCGUUAAAGUGUUUCUGCUGGGCUGCUUGUCUCACUAGACAAACAAGACGAAUACAUGACAACAUCCAGCAUCCAUCAACAAAGAUACUCCUACUGCUGACAGUACUGCCGAGAAACAGAUUCUUGUUGACUUGUGAACCACUACAGAAACAAAGACACCAUGAUGGGCCGUCUAACACAUACUCAGAGGAACCAUAAACGGAUCCACGCUGUGGAGAACUCAUUUGGGCCGUUGAGCAAGCCCCUGGCCCAGAUGGAUCGGGUUCUGAUUGGAGAGGGCCGGCUGAUGAAGCAGAGCCGACGGGGGCCACAGCCGAAGGUAUUCUACCUUUUCAACGAUGUGCUGGUGUAUGGCAGCAUCAUUCUGCACGGCCACUGGCACAAAAAACAGCAGAUCAUCCCUCUAGAGGACAUCCAGCUGGAAGACUUGGAGGACAGCAUGCAAAUGAAGAACCAGUGGCUGAUCCGUACACCACGCAAGUCCUUCUAUGUGGCAGCCGCUUCUCAUGAGGAGAAGCUGGCCUGGAUUGAACACAUAGAGGACUGCCAGUCCAGACUGCUACAGAGCGGCAUUUGCAGGUCCAGUUCUACCUUUGCCAUGACCUGGAUUCCGGACGAGGCCUCCGCCAUCUGCAUGCGCUGCUCUGACAAGUUCACCUUUACCCAGCGUCGACACCACUGCAGAAAAUGUGGCUUUGUGGUGUGCGGUGCGUGUUCCAAAAAGCGAGCGGUGAUUGAACACAUUCACCCGACAAAGCAGUUACGAGUAUGCAACAUGUGUCACUCAAGUCUCCAGACGGCAGAGACAAAGGUCCAAAAGAUCAUUCGCUUGAGGGGGAACAGCACAGGGAAGAUAAGCUCAGAUGAAUAUGAGGUGGAGGUUUUCAGUGAGGAGGAGACAGAGGAACAGAUGGAGGACCACAAUACCAACAGGUGGACGGACUGUAAGAUGUACACCUUGUGCCCCUUUAAUUACCUCAAACCAGGGCAUGUGAGGCCCCAAAUAUAAGCGCCUCUCAUGUGCUGCAGCCACACAGACAAAACCUUGUGUUGGUGGACUUCUUUUACACUCUGCGUACCAGGAAACGUGGACACAAAGCUGCUACAGCUAUGAACAGUAGAUGCAUGUCAGAAGGCAUUCUGACUCAGUCAUAACCAUAGCAAGAGAAUGAUGUAUAAAGUAAAACAAUUUUAUAUAUACUGUAUAUAUUGAUGAGUGAACACUUUGUCAUUACUGAUCUUUACACAUUGCACUGCUUGGGAAAACACUAGAACUAUGGAGUAGUCACUUUAUUUAUUUUAUGUUGUCUAGUUGUUUUCCGAGGAUCUUGAGUAGAUGUUAAAGUGUGAUUCCCAUCCAAUGUGUAUAUGUCUAAGUACUGUACAUGGGGAAAAGUAUUUGGACUUAAUGAAUGCCUCACAUUUGUCUGUGAAAUGAACUAUGAACAAUAAAGUAUUUAUAAACAGAAA